ACAUGAUGAAGUUAACUUGGAUGUUAUUUUUUAUAAUAUCGGUUUCAUUUGCUUCUGAUACAGCUUCAGUAGCAGAAACCAAGACAAAAUGCAAACCAUAUAGAGCUUACUUAUUCUGGGACAUCUGCAGUAAUAACAAAAUAUUUUACACACAAAGAAAUGCUAUUAGUAAGUUAAUAAAAGACAUGUCAAAAGGCUCUUUAGUUCAUCUCACACUCAUAGGAGCAAUUUCUGAAAAAACUAUCGACAUCUUCAUAGGCAAAUCAGAAUGGCAGAAAAUUAUAUCACAACUUGAACCUGAACGAGAGAGUAUGAAGCGAAAAAUCAAAUUCAAACAUAUUAAAAGAGCAAUAGAUGGUACACGAGGUCGUCACGAUGCGCAAGAAAUUGCAACGUUGAUUUUCUUUGUUUUGGACAAAGAUUCGGAAAUAAAGAAAAUGGAAAGGGUUAAUCAAUAUUUGGAAGACAAAUUGACAUACGUAAUGUUCAUAGGAGGAAAAGAUAUGUCAUUCACUUUUGUCAGUAUUGCCACUGACGAAAAACAUAAAUUUAAACUGAGCACAAGUGAAGACAAUGACAUAGGAGGGCUUCUGGAAGUUGUGUGUAAAGAUACAAGGCUAUUGUGUGGUACCGCUUACUUCUGGAACGGCAAAACCUGUUAUAGAUGUUCGUUUAUAUGUAGUUCUGAUAAAUCGGAAUACUGCAGACAAGAGUGCCUCU